AUGACAGCUAAUUUAUAUUGUGGAACUGCUUAUAGAUCUGUAGCCUUCGGCACUUGGUCGGUAGGGGAUGCUUCUCGGCAUUUUGAGGAAAAGAAAAAAUGCCGUUCAAGUGGGGGAGGUGAAGGGAUAAAUUUGAUAAAAAGGUAGUUUAUAGAAAAUAAGCUAUAAAAAAUUAAGGAGCUUCAGGAGCUCCCUGGGUUUCCGGGUUAGAACCUCGAAAACCUGGAAACUCCUAAAACCCGGAUUUUUUCAAAAUACCUGGUUGCCUCGCUACGAGACUUGAAAACAACCCAGUCCUAGGACAGGUUCCGACAUCUACCCUUAGUCGUAUUUACCAGAGGUGUACUCGUCGUCAUACCCCUCGUUAUUUAUAUGCUUAAGGGUUCUUUUUGGGGGUAGUUCAGUUGCCUACUUCACUUAUCCUCUCCCUUUCCUUAAUUUUAUUUUUAUAUUUUUUGGCCUUUCUUCUGGAAGAGUUCCUUACAUCCCACAAACAAUCCUUGCCCUUCUACUUUAUAAAAAUUAAAAAAAAGUUUGUUUGGAAUUUUACUUUACGAUUUUGAAUUUUAACACAUUUAGGCAGGUAUAAAAAUAAAAAUAAGCCUUGAACAUGAAAAAAGAAAAUUUUUUCGUUAUUUUAUAAUUAAUGACUCUUCAAGGUGUUUCUUGCUUAUUUUUACUUAUUCUCCUUCCUUAUAAUUUUUAUUUUAUUUUUUUUUCUAGCCAACUGUGUAAUUGCCAGAUUUAUUUAUAAAUAAAACUCCUUCUCCUCUUUAAAUGAUUUUGUUUUUUUUUCUUCAAUAAAAAUCUAACUGCAAGGGGGAGAGGGGGGGGGGAGAAUAUUUGUUGGACUUGAAAUUAUAUUUUUUUAAAAAAAGUUUUUUGUCAUCUCUCUUAUUUCUUUUCAAAUAUCCUUUCAAGUUGUCCUCAUUUUUAUACACCCAUAACCGCCCACAUUUUUUGUCAAAAAAUAAUUUUAUUUGUUACAUAUCCAAAAAUAAAUAAAUAUUUAUUUACUUUUAACGGGCUUCUAAAUUCACUGAAAAAAUCGUUCCUUAUAAUGAGGUGUAUGUUAAAUAGAGGGUACCCUAAAUUGAGAGUAUUGCUUAGACUGCUCCUCCACCCAGUGAUCAACCAGAAAGGUUAAAUUCAGCAAAACCUCGCUUGUAAAUACACCCUAAAAUUCGUACUUUAUAACAAGGUGUAUGUUAAAUAGAGGGUAUUGCUUGCUUAAAUAGAGGGGACAGCUACCCCACUAAGGGGUCUGCCAGAUUUAAAAACGUAUCUUACAAUGAGGCUUUCAUAAUUUUAGGUGUAUCUUAUAAUGGGGGUUACCUUGUAUUGGGGGUAUUUUAUAGGGAGGUUUUCUCUGUAUUGGGGGUAUCUUAUAGGGAGGUUUUCCUUGUAUUGAGGAUAUCUUAUAACGGGGGUUUUCCUAAUUUUGGG